UGCUCUUGUGCAGCUCGGUUCAUUUCUGCACUUUACUGUCCUGCUGCUGCCUGCUACCUCCGAUUACUGAAAAGAGACAGAGACAUCUAGACAGCACUUCUACUGAAAGAGAGAUAGAGAAGGAGAGAGCUAAAGAGAGAAAAAGAGAUAUAGAGAGUGAGGGAUAGAGAGAGAGAGACGGAGAGAGAGAGACGGAGAGACAGAUAUAUAUAAAGAGAGAGAGAGAGAGCUAAAGAGAGAAAGAGAGAUAUAUAGAGAGGGGAUAGAGAGAGGGAGAGAGACGGAGAGAGAGAAGAUGACCAUCAACACGCUGACAAAAGGAGGAGCUCAGAGGGAGCAGAUGUAUUGCCUCAGAAAGAUGGAGAGAGUGAUCGUAGCAAUGCAAGAUCCUGACAUGGGGAUGAAGAUGAGAAACCAGAGACUCCUCAUCACCGUUAUACCACACGCCAUGACCGGUAAUGAUGUCAUUGAAUGGCUGAUUCAGAAAUACAACAUAACAGAGGAAGAGGCUCGCCACCUGGGAGGACUCCUGGUGCAGUAUGGGUACAUCUAUCCUCUGAGGGAGCCGCGCUCUCUACUGCUGAGAUCUGAUGACUCUCCUUACCGCUUCCAGACUCCAUAUUUCUGGACCAGUAGCCGCUGGCCUGCCUCAGAGCUGGACUAUGGUGAGGUUAAGGGUUAA